AUGAGUAGGAGCUUCGUCACUUGCCUGCCGGAGGAGAUCCACAACCACUCCACGUUUGUGAGGAAGAUCUGGCUCACGGUAUUGAUCUUCUUCCGGAUUGUCCUUACAGCCGUAGAAGGAGAACCCAUCUAUUACGACGAGCAAAGCAAAUUUGUGUGCAACACAGAGCAGCCAGGCUGCGAGAACGUCUGCGAUGAUGCCUUAGCACCCCUCUCCCACAUGUGCUUCUGUGUGUUCCAGAUCAUCCCGGUGGCGACCCCCUCUGUCAUGUACCUGGGCUAUGUCAUUCAUAAGGUUGCCAAAACGGAGCACGGUGAAGCAGACAAGAAGGCCCAUCGGAGCAAACCUUAUGCAAUGCAUUGGAAACAGCACCAGGCCCUGGAAGAAACGGAAGAGGACCAUGAAAAGGAUCCCACGGUGUAUCCAGAAAUGGAAUUAGAAAGUGAAAAAGAAAAUAAAGAUCAGAACCAAUCUAAACCUAAGCAUGAUGGGCAAUGGCGGAUUCGGGAGGAUGGGCUCAUGAAAAUCUACCUGCUGCAGCUGCUGGCAAGGACCAUGUUUGAGGUGGGUUUUCUGAUCGGGCAGUACUUUCUGUAUGGCUUCCAAGUCCACCCAUUUUAUGUGUGCAGCAGGCUUCCUUGCCCUCAUAAGAUAGACUGCUUUAUUCCUAGACCCACUGAAAAGACCAUCUUUCUUCUUAUGUAUGGUGUCACAGGCCUUUGCCUAUUGCUUAACAUUUGGGAGAUGCUUCAUUUAGGAUGUGGGACAAUUCGAGACUCACUAAACAAUAAAAGGAGGGAACUGGAAGAUCCAGCUGCUUAUAAUUAUCCUUUCACUUGGAAUACACCAUCUGCUCCCCCUGACUCUAACAUUGCCAUCAAACCAGAUCAAAUCCAGUACACCGAACUGUCCAGCAACACUAAGAUUGCCCACAAGCAAAAUAAGGCCAACAUCACCCAGGAACAACAGUACGGCAGCCAUGAAGACAACUUCCCAGCUGACCUGGAGACUCUGCAGAGGUAAAUCAAAAUGGCUCAGGAAUGCCUGGAUCUGGCAAUCCAGGCCUACAAUCACCAAAAUAACCCCCAUGGUCCCCGGGAAAAAAAAGCUGGGUCUAACAAAAGCAGUUCUAGUAGCAAAUCAGGGAAUGGGAAGACCUCUGUCUGAAUUUAAUCUUGGCUGGGCUUAAAACUUGUGCUUUUCAUAGUUCAUGGUAAGCAGCG